AUGGAAAACCCAGCGGUAACACGUUUUAGGCAAUACUUGCGUAUUAAGACUGUUCAACCAAACCCUGAUUAUGAGUCUUGCACUCGAUUCUUAUUGGAGCAAGCAAAAGAAAUAGGUUUAAAAGCUAACGUUUUCGAGUAUGUAAAAGGAAAACCGGUAGUAUUAUUGACAUGGGAAGGUCGUGAUCCGAACCUUCCUUCAUUACUUUUAAAUUCUCAUACAGACGUCGUUCCUGUUUUCGAGGAAAAAUGGAGUUGUAACCCAUUUGAUGCUUGUAAACUUGACAAUGGUGAUAUUGUUGCUAGAGGUUCUCAGGACAUGAAAUGCGUUGGUGCAAGUUAUCUUGAAGCUAUUAGAUGUCUUAAGAAUCAAGAUAAACAACCAUGUCGAACAAUUCAUCUUUCUUUUGUUCCUGAUGAAGAAAUUGGUGGUGAAGAUGGAAUGAAACAUUUCGUUGAAUCAAAUGAUUUUAAAAAGUUAAAUGUUGGAUUUGCUUUAGAUGAAGGAAUUGCAAACCCUAAUGAUGCUUUGAGAGUUUUUUACGGUGAACGAACAUGUUGGUGGAUUAAUGUUAAAACAAAAGGGAACACUGGGCACGGAUCACAAUUCAUCAAAGAUACCGCUCUUUCAAAAAUGAAUCGUAUUAUCAACAGGUUUAUGGAAUUUCGCACAUCCCAAGAACAGCAAUUGGAUAUUUGUGUAAAUUCAAAUGGAACAAGAUAUAAACUUGGAGAAGUGACUACUGUUAAUCUUACAAUGUUAAAUGCUGGUGUUCAACAUAAUGUUAUUCCAGAAGAAGCCACUGCUGGUUUUGAUAUUAGAGUCUCUCCAAAAGUUAAUUUGGCUGCAUUUAAAAAUAUGAUAGAAGGAUUUAUACUUUCUGAGCCAGAUUCUACAAUGGAAUUUGUACAACAUAACGAAGAGGCGGGCUGUACGCCAUUAGAUGAAAGUAAUAUUUGGUGGGUUGUGUUUCGUGAUUUCUGUAAAGGACGUAAUAUUGCUAUUGAACCAGAAAUUUUUCCUGCUGCUACCGACUCACGUUAUCUACGUAGCAUUGGAAUUCCAGCAUUAGGUGUUUCUUACAUCAAAAAUACUCCAAUUUUGCUACAUGAUCAUGAUGAACGUUUAAAUGAGAAUUUGUUUAUUGAAGGCAUCGAAUUCUAUCAAGAAUUAAUCAACCACUUGGCAAAUAUCCAGGGGUCUUAA